AAAAUAAGCAAAGGCAAUAGCAUUCCCCUAUCCACAAACUGAAGCUCAUGCCUUCCAAAACAAUGGCUGCUCCAUUCUCAAACUUCAUCUCCUUCCUUUUACCUUCCACUACACCUCCACCCUCCAAAGCUCCACCAUUCAACAGACUCUCACUUUCUUCCCCAAAACCCAAAAACACUGCCCUUUCAGUGUCAGCUCAAGAGGAUCAAUCAUCUCCAUUAUCCACUGAAUUGUUAUCUGUUAUAUCCCCUUCUCUUGCAUAUGCAAAUACCCUUUUCUUCAGAUCAGCUUAUAAUGUUCAGGUCAUUGUGGAUGACAAUGAGCCUGAAGAGAGGCUGCUUAACAGGUUCAGAAGAGAGGUUAUGAGAGCUGGCGUUAUUCAAGAGUGUAAGAGAAGGAAGUUCUUUGAGAAUAAGCAAGAUGAGAAGAAACGCAAGUCACGAGAGGCUGCUAAGCGUAAUCGUAGAAGGCGUCCUCAAGCAAGAUUCUCAAACCUAAACAAACAAGAAGAAUCUACAAAGAAGAGGGAUGAAGAUGAUGAAGAUAAUUGGGACAUGCCAGAUGGAGACAUUCCCUAUUGAUCACAUUUUUCCAUGCCUUUUAUCUUCUAAAUCUCUUUGAUUCUUUAGGGGGCAUUGUCUAUUGUAGGCUGUCAUUACAAUGAACCUCGCCACUUGUGUUGCGGCUGUCACUUUUAACGUGUAUGAAGUAAAGAUUUUCAUU